AUGCUCAGCUCCACUGCCAUGGCAGUUGGCGCGCUGUCCAGUUCCCUCCUGGUCACCUGCUGCCUGAUGGUGGCUCUGUGCAGUCCGAGCAUCCCGCUGGAGAAGCUGGCCCAGGCGCCGGAGCAGCCGGGCCAGGAAAAGCGCGAGCACGCGUCUCGGGACGGCCCGGGGAGGGUGAGCGAGCUCGGGCGCCCAGCUAGGGACGAGGUCGGCAGCAGCCGGGACUGGAAAAGCAAGAGCGGCCGUGGGCCCGCCGGCCGGGAGGCGUGGAGCAAGCAGAAGCAGGCCUGGGCCGCCCAGGGCGGGGGCGUCAAGGCCGGGGACCUGCAGGUGCUGCCCCGCGGAGACACCCCGCAGGGGGAGCCCCUGGCCGCAGCCGCCAAAGACGCGGCGGGCCCGGACCCCGCGCCCACGCCGGAGCCGCCCGAGGAGUACGCGUACCCGGACUACCGCGGCAAGGGCUGCGUGGACGAGAGCGGCUUCGUGUACGCCAUCGGAGAGAAGUUCGCGCCCGGGCCUUCGGCCUGCCCGUGCCUGUGCACCGAGGAGGGGCCGCUGUGCGCGCAGCCUGAGUGCCCGCGGUUGCACCCGCGCUGCAUCCACGUCGACACUAGCCAGUGCUGCCCUCAGUGUAAGGAGAGGAGGAAUUACUGCGAAUUCCGGGGCAAGACCUACCAGACUCUGGAGGAGUUCGCGGUGUCCCCGUGUGAGAGAUGCCGCUGUGAAGCCAACGGGGAGGUGCUGUGUACAGUGUCCGCGUGUCCUCAGACCGAGUGUGUGGACCCCGUGUACGAGCCCGACCAGUGCUGCCCUAUCUGCAAAAAUGGUCCAAACUGCUUCGCAGAAACCGCGGUCAUCCCAGCAGGCAGGGAGGUGAAGACUGAUGAAUGCACCAUCUGUCACUGCACGUACGAGGAGGGCACGUGGAGGGUCGAGCGGCAGGCCAUGUGCACGAGACACGAGUGCAGGCAGAUGUAGACGUGGGACCACACGAACUCUGACGUUUUCCUAGGAUAUUUUACUGCUGUGAACUUCUAGGUGACUCUGGGAAAUGUCAAUCCAAAGGAAAAGACUUUUAAUGAGGAUUAAUGGAAAACUGUUGGUGCUUCGCUAUUCUCGGUAACGAUUACUGCAAGAGAAGGAAAUGGAUAUACUUCAAACAUCAAGAACUUUGGGCAUAAAAUCCCUCUCUAAAUAAAUGUGCUAUUUUCACAGUAAGUACAUGAAAGUACACUAUUAUAUAUUAAAUGUAUUUCUAUAAUCCCUCUAUUAGAGAGCUUAUAUAAAUGUUUUCUAUAGAUACAGAUUAAAAUGCUGUGCUGUCAACCGUCUUCACUGUGUUCCUGCAUAUCUUUCUCAGUUCUGAUUCCAUCGCAUGAUAUUGUUUGUGGCUGCUGACUCUCCUCCAUGUCUUAUGAUAGUGUACCCAUUAUUGGAACAUGGGGUAAUGGGAUGAUGUCUACUGAAAUUGUUCCACUGCAGAGGUAUACCUAGUGUCUAUCCUUAGAAGAUCCAGUCUCUUCACAUACACUUUCUCCUUCUCAUACUAUUUUCCUGCUUUUACCUCUCCAUUCUGUCAUCUGGGAAUGAGGUACACAGAUAAUCAACAGGCACUUUCUCUGUUCAUUCAAAGCUCCCAUGAAUGGGCCAUAAAUGGAUGCAUACACAUUUCAUUUUCACUUACUUCACUUACUCUUCUAGGCAUGGCUUUAAAGCAUCCCCCGAACAGAGGAACAAGGUAGGGUGGACAGUAUGUAUUAUUGUUCCAUCAGGCUGAAGCAUCAGUAAAAUAGGGGAAUCUCUUGAUUCUGUGGAGGAAAACAACUCCCAAACUAGUUUAAACCUGCAGCCUACAUGUGAUAUAGAUGUUCUAACUUCCUGUCCAAUGACUCCUGUUUCCCACCAGAAAGAUCAACUGUCCACUACAACAGACACCGUAAGACCUGGAGUGAUAGGAAACCCUAUAUCAGUCAUCCUUCAAAAGGGGGACGAGGAGGCAGUUGUGUCCAGUAUGUUAAAACAAACGAUGCUGAGGCCAUAGACAUUCUACAGUUUUCUGUAGUUACAUAUAAUCCCAAACCAAGUCCAUUUCUCUUCAUUUUCACAGGGAACAGAAGAAGCCACUGCAAACCCUGCAGUCUGACCAAUGUGUAAUAGAGUAUUUCUGCCAUUAGCAAUCACAUCAACACUUGGCACAUUGAUGAGAAAGGUAGAGCCUUAUUAGGUGUAAGGUGAAAAAGCAGAACUAUCAUGACUAUUUGAAGCCUUAAAAUUUUUCCCCAUACAUUUAUUCCAAAUUUUUGAAUUAAGCACCUAUUAAUUACAAAUUAUUUUGAUGGUUAAAAAGUCAUGGCCUCUGGCAUUUCAGUAAGAAAUUACAGUGCAUUGCAGAAGGAGCUCAACUGGAGGUCUGCAAAGGGAGGUUAUUUAGAAAGCCUCUCUAAAAAGAGCAGAGGAUACCAAAAAAAUCAUUCAGUACAUACAAUCAUUCAGCCAUUCAAGGUUGAGUAGUCAAGAAAAACUGACACAUUUGUCAUCCUUGAAAAGUUGAACCACUGUGGACUUGCUCCUCAAGAAAUUUACAUGUGCUAACCUUUAGUUUUUAUCUUGUUUAUCAAGAACAU